AUGUACGAAUAUAUGGACUACAUUCUCAAAUCGUUUUACAAAUCCACUGGCUGGAAUGAGGACAACAGUUAUGAAAACAUCAUUGCAACAUCUCAAGCCUUGAUAGAUUUCCCAAUAGAAUCUGAUCUCAAGUUCAGCGUUUCUUCAAAGUCAUCAGAAAACACUGCAACCUCGCUCUCGCUGACAAACAGCGGUGCCAUCAAUGGUUCAAUAGCAUACUUAUACACAUUAACACCACUUAAACAUGUGUUGGGUACGAGUGAGAUCAGUCUUCAGGAUGCUAUACAAGGAUACAGAGUGAUACGGCCUCCAUUGUAUAAGUCAUAUAAUUACAAGAAGGACAAACCUAUAUUUGGAGCACACUCGUUAUAUUAUGGUCGAAUGUACUUCCCUGGGUCAGCUUUAGAAGCUAUGGUUGUUAAGAGAAUAUCUGAAUCAUCACAAAUUUUGGUUAAAUGUGUCAGUCAUGAAAAACUCAAAAACAAUGGUACUAUGACUUUUUAUUUUCAAAAAGACACCGGGAGAUUAUCAAGAGAAUAUAUUUUCUCCACAAAUGAAGCAUUAUUGGGAUUCAGGUGUCUUUAUAACUUCCGUCAAGGUGCUGAAAGAUUGAACACUGCAUUAUAUAACAAUUCUUCUUUAUCAAUAGGUGCUGAAAUUUGGUAUGGUGCUAUGAAUAUGAGUCCCGGUCUUUCGACUGCACUAAGAUAUUCAACACAAUCUACUUAUACCGGGAAACCAUUAACGAUAACAUUAGCAUGCAAUCCAAUAUUGGGACAUCUUUCAUCAACGUACUCGGUCAGAACUAGUGCAAGCUCUACAUUUUCUUCAAGAUAUGAUUUCAACAUUUAUUCUUAUGACUCGGAUUUGGGAUUUGGGUGUGAGUUAUGGAGAACUAGUGGGAAUAAUUCACCAGUCCUACCCUUAAGGCGUAUUGAUCCAAAAUUAGCACCUUAUAGUAAACAUACAUCUCAAGAUCAAACUGUCAUUGAAGCAUUUGAAAGCCUGGUUAAAGAAACGGACUUUACAAGUGUUAUAAAAAUUGGUACCACGAUGAAUGAUAGAGAUGUGAAGUUAAAAUGGGAAGGUAAGUUUAAAGAUUUCUUGAUAUCUACAGGUGUUGACAUUCAAAUCAAUUCACAAGUUCCAGACGUGAAAAAAUGGGGACUUCAAGUACAAUAUGCAUCAUGA